CUUGGCCUUGCGCCUCUGCUAGCAACUGCCCAACUGUCUGGUAAGGUAGGACCUUCAACUUCCGCCUCUUCCAAGGCCAGCAAGAAGACCUGCAAUGUCCUCGACUACGGCGGCAAAGCCGACAACUCAACCGACAUCAGCUCCGCCAUCAGUUCAGCCUGGGACGAGUGCUCCAAGGGCGGCGUUGUCUACAUCCCGCCCGGCGACUACGCACUCGACAAAUGGCUCACUCUGACGGGCGGCAGUGCCUGCGCUCUGCAGCUGGAUGGAAUUAUCUACCGAACCGGAUCCGACGGAGGCAACAUGUUCAUGAUCGAGCAUACGUCCGACUUUGAACUGUUCAGUAGUACUUCCAAGGGUGCUAUCCAGGGAUUCGGAUAUGAGUUCCAUGCUGAUGGAUCGUUGAGCGGACCUCGCAUUCUGAGAAUGUAUGAGGUGUCGGACUUUUCGGUGCAUGAUGUUGCAUUGGUGGAUGCGCCUGCUUUCCAUUUCUCAAUGGAUACGUGCUCGAACGGCGAGGUGUAUAAUAUGGCUAUCCGGGGUGGUGACUCGGGUGGUUUAGAUGGCAUUGAUGUUUGGAGUACUAACAUCUGGAUUCAUGAUGUUGAGGUCACCAACAAGGACGAAUGUGUUACUGUCAAGAGCCCUGCACAAAACAUCCUGGUCGAGAAUAUCUACUGCAACUGGAGUGGUGGAUGCGGUAUGGGUUCUCUGGCAUCCGACACCAACAUUACAGACGUUACAUACCGCAACAUCUACACAUGGAAGUCCAACCAGAUGUACAUGAUCAAGAGUAACGGCGGAAGCGGCAGUGUUUCCAACAUGGUUCUUGAAAACUUCAUCGGCCACGGAAACGCCUACUCCCUUGACAUUGACGGCUACUGGAGCAGCAUGGACACCACCGACGGCGACGGCGUGGAACUCAGGAACAUCACCAUCAAAAAUUGGAAAGGAACCGAAGAAGACGGUGCACAGCGCGGACCCAUCAAGAUCGAAUGCGCGGACGCCAACCCGUGCACCGACAUCAACAUCAGCGACUUUGAAAUGUGGACUGAAUCCGGCGACGAACAGACCUACACCUGCCGUAGCGCGUAUGGAUCGGGAUUCUGCCUCAAGGAAGGAAACGGUGGCUCCUCGUUCAGCUCUACGUUGACUGCUACCGCUACUCCAUCUGGAUACGCCGCUCCUACCAUGUCUGGUGAUCUGUCCACUGCUUUUGGAACGGAUGCACCUAUUCCUAUUCCUACUAUCCCCACUUCGUUCUACCCCGGUGCGACGCCGUACAGUGCUUUGGCGGCUGCUUCGUCUGGCUCG